UCUGUGCAGCUGCCUGGAGCUGUAGUGGCCGCGCUGCUCCUGCUGGGGGCUGCCCACGCCAAGGUCUUGCCUCUGUCGCCUCCUCUUCUGCCGUCCAGGUAGCUCCGAGGUACUAUUUUUUCAAAAUACAGUUGAAAGAUCGCUCUGCCCUGAGGAAGUUUCCCACAUUCCUGCAUCCUUGCUGAGAAGGACAUUUCCACUACCUAGCCCAGGAAUUUUGUCACACAAACAACUCUAUCCUGGAUAACGGAAGCGUUUGUUAUAGGACAGACUGGUCAUUUUCCCUGGCAAGAACAUCCCCCAAGAUGGCAGAAGAGAGCAGCAGUACCAGUGAGUGCGUGUCCUUCAGCGUGCUGAACUGGGAUCAGGUUAGCCGGCUGCAUGAGGUCCUGACUGAGGUUGUCCCAAUCCACGGACGAGGCAACUUUCCAACCUUGGAGAUAACUCUGAAGGACAUUGUUCAGACUGUCCGCAGCCGGCUGGAGGAGGCAGGCAUCAAGGUGGAGGAUGUCCGGCUGAAUGGCUCUGCAGCUGGCCACGUCUUGGUCAAAGACAACGGCUUGGGUUGCAAAGACCUGGACCUCAUCUUUCACGUGGCUCUUCCAACAGAGGCAGAAUUUCAACUGGUCAGAGAUGUGGUUCUAUGUUCCCUUCUGAACUUCCUGCCGGAGGGAGUGAGCAAGCUCAAAAUCAGUCCAGUCACUCUUAAGGAGGCUUAUGUCCAGAAGCUGGUGAAGGUCUGCACAGACACUGACCGCUGGAGCCUGAUCUCCCUCUCCAACAACAACGGGAGGAAUGUGGAGUUGAAAUUCGUUGACUCCAUCCGGCGCCAGUUUGAGUUUAGCGUGGACUCUUUUCAAAUCAUCCUGGAUUCUUUGCUUUUUUUCUAUGAUGACUCCAAUAACUCCAUUUCUGAGCACUUCCACCCCACAGUGAUUGGAGAGAGCAUGUAUGGGGACUUUGAGGAAGCCUUUGACCAUCUGCAGAACAGACUGAUUGCCACCAAGAACCCUGAAGAAAUUAGGGGUGGGGGACUUCUCAAGUACAGCAACCUCCUUGUGCGGGACUUCAGGCCCACAGACCAGGAAGAAAUCAAAACUCUAGAGCGUUACAUGUGCUCCAGGUUUUUCAUCGACUUCCCAGAUAUCCUCGAACAGCAAAGGAAGCUGGAGACCUACCUUCAAAACCACUUUGCCGAAGAAGAGAGAAGUAAAUACGACUACCUCAUGAUCCUUCGCAGGGUGGUGAAUGAGAGCACCGUGUGCCUCAUGGGGCACGAACGAAGGCAGACCCUGAACCUCAUUUCCCUCCUGGCCUUGCGCGUGCUGGCAGAGCAAAACAUCAUCCCCAAUGCCACCAACGUCACCUGUUACUACCAGCCAGCUCCUUAUGUCAGUGAUGGCAACUUCAACAACUACUAUGUUGCCCAUCCUCCAGUUACCUACAGCCAGCCUUAUCCUACCUGGCUGCCCUGUAACUAACCUUGAGACCUGAGGGUUUCCACAGUGGGAACCUCAACAGGGCAAGGGCUCUCAGGUAGGGGAGCCUCCUUCUAGAUGUAGGUGUUUGGCUUUUAAAGGGGAACUCAGCUCUGAUUCUGCUCUUUUUUCUUUGUGUACCCAUUGGAAUGGGUUUACGGUAUAUCAUGAGCCAACCCUAAAGGGGCCCAUAUGCCAGUGCCACUUUGGAAAAUGCUAUAGGAAGAAUGGCCUAUCCACGUCUUUCCAAAAUAGACACUAACAUGUCACGUCCCAAACAUUAGCACAUGGGGAUUUGAACUCUGUGCAAUAAUUGAGAUUGGGAAAAAGCUUGGCCAGUAUAUGAGAAGUGUGAAGCUAAUUGUCUUCCUUCUCACUUGAGCCUGGAGUCAGCUGUGUUGUCCAUCCCUUGGGAUUCUCGGCAGUUACACAAAAGUUGCGCUGAUAGUCUGUUUUCUUGUAUCAAUUUCAAUCAGGCAGAAAAUGGUAAGCAUGAGGGUGCACUAGUGAUUUAUUUUUUGUCAAGGGACUUAUGUUUAUCCCAUCAGCAGAGCUGAGGGUUUCCUUAACCAUAGCCAGUAGCUGGAGAAUUGAGAUCUGGUUAGAAGUGGUUUAUGGUUUAGAUGCUGUGCUGUCACAAGGAAUAGUGUGAAAUUGCUGAGAAUAAAAAAUGACCUAAGUUUCCUGAAAUGUAACUUGAAAGCAAAAUAAAAUGUGGAACCUAAUGUUAAAGUAGAAUUUUGGUGGUGGAGGGGUGCUUGUAAAUAGAAAACAUGAAUGUUCAAUUUUUUUUUUUUCUUUAUGAGUGAGGAAUUCUUAUCGUAUGACUUUCUUUUCCCCCUUCAUCAGCUCUUUUCACGGCUGACUUUUGUUUUUGCUCAAGGGUUGUGCUGAGUCUGGAGUCACUAUAGUAACUGACAUGAAGGUCUUCCCAUGUUUUAAUUGGAAAUCCACUUCGGUCACAUUCCAAGUAUGACGAGCUUUUUUUUUUAACGAAAAAUAUGACCCCGCUCCCCCGCCCCCAGGUUUUUUUCUGACAGCAAAUGAAUUCUGGAAUUUCAGCAGACCCGGAUAACAAGUGGAAUGAUCUUGUUUUGUGGGCAGAGUUCUUUGGCUUAAAAUUGCUAACCUGCUGCCUCUGAGCUGCGUGUGAAGGUGAAGGUAUAGCAUUAAGUCUGCUCUUGUGUGCAGCAGAGCAACCAACGCACUUUGGAAUAAUUCAUUCUGGCGUAUCUGGGAAGAACUGAGUGACUGGAUAAUCUUCCUUAUUCUGGUAGAUUUGACUGUGCUUGCUCAUUGUGUCCUUUUGAAGGAAAGCAAUGUUUCUCUAGUCUAAAGCAAGCUUAGUUAAGUGGGAGAGAUCUAGGCUACUAUUGUUUUUCCCAAUACACUUAGAUAAGGGAUUUUGUGUGUUGACACGUUUUGUGGGAUCUCUUAGAAAGCAUAACUUUAGGGUGUCAAGGGCAAAGACAUUUAAUAUUGCCAGCUUGAUUUUUAAAGUUAUUUUAAUCAAAUCCAUGCUUCUGAUUUUGACUUUCUUCUUUGGCCAUAAAAAUCCCAAACCCCACUGGUUGCUUUCUCCUUGCUUUAAGCAAUGAAGUUAUCUUAAUGCAGAAAUGCUUAGUAGAAAAUGAGUGAUUUACUUUUUUUUUCUAAAGAUACAUGUUUAGGUUUCUUCUGGAAUGUGAUGUCUUGAUCCUCUUUAAUGAAAGCUGAUCAGAAGUGACUAAAAUCCAAGACUUGGCUGGUAUCCAUGUUGGCGUGACUUGAGCUAAAUAGAAGCCACUUGUUAGUAUAGCCAGCUCCUGUGUCCUUGUGAGUCUUAGUUAUGUUUGAAUUCACUGGCUUUGAGGCAAGGCCAGCUCUGCAUUGUGAGGAGACCCGGGGUGUUUCAGUGUUCAGUGGGGGAGUGAAUUCCAGUGAAGAGUGAAUGCCAAAUUCAAAACUACCUGGUCAUCCAUGACCUUAAAAAAAGCUGCCAUUGUGGCCAAAUGGCAACAUGUUUGCACAAAAAAAUGACAGAUCUUGGCAGAUUUGUUUAACCAAAGCUUUGAAAUGUGAUGAAGCCGUCAACAUAAGCACUUGCUAGCUUCUUACAGAAAUCAGUAUUGCUUCUACUUAGAAGGCUUGGGGAUCAGGGUAAUGAAGCACCAGAUGAAGAUAAGAUCAGAACUGCAUCAAGUAAUUAAAUUUCUGGUUUGUCCUUGAAGUUGUUUCUACUUAUAUAUUUUUUCCCUAUCUGGUCAUAGUCCUUGUCAAAGGAGACAGAAAUUGCAAGAAAUUUCCAGCCCCCCAAUUCCUUACCACCACUGCAGGAUGGCUACCCUACCAUAAUGGGACUUGGUAACAGUCUUGGUAGAGUCUGUUCACCUGAGGUUUUAUUCAGCCCAACUAUUUUUGUAGUUUGAGAGUAGACAUGUGCUCUAGAACCAUUGGGUAAAAGGCUGCCUACAGCUCAGACACCAUUGCACUAGCCAAAGCCACACUUUCAAAACAUAACCCCUUCUCUAGUGGUCUCCACCAACUGCCUUUUUCCAGCCUCAGAAUAGACCAGGUAACUUGAAGUUCAGGUAUCUGGGAAUUCCAGCUGAAACUUGCCUUUCAUGCUUCUCACAGAAGCACCAGGGUACUCUGAACUUGUACUGAGUCCAGUGAUUCCCCUUUUGUGUGUGUUGAAUAACAUGAAACUUGGCAGUGCCAGAGGGGACUGAAGUUUAAGUGCAAGUUCUAAUCUAAAUUUAAGCAGUCUCUCAUUUACUUCAGGACUCUGCACAGUUUUUUGAUGCUUUUUACAAGUAUGCAGCCUGUUAUCCCAGCCUGCUUCCGGGAAUCAGGUUGAAGAGUAGUGAGAUUAAAAUGGCACCGUUUUCCCUUGUGUCGGCAGAAGGGCACACACUGAAUUCCUGGGCUUGAACUUCAGUCCCACCCUUAAAUCUUAUCUUGGCAGUAAGACACUGUUCCUCACUCACAACUUCAAGUUUUGAAGCUAAGCUCUGUAUCACCAACACCUUCAUAUUAGAGUUCUUGCUUACUGACUACACAUGGGAUGGGACAUGGCCCAACCUGGGAGGACCUGGUGGAUGGGGGAGAGUUGGGUAGAUGCUGGUUCAUGUGUAUGGUACAGAUGUGGUUUGGCAUUCAAGUCCCCUCCCACCCACCCCCAGUUUGGUUUUUCCCUGGGGAUUUGAGUCACAGAAAGCUGUGUAUGAACCUGAGUUUGAUGGUGGUACAUUGAUAAUCAGAUUGCUAAAGUUCUGACUCUGUCCUUAAACUUCCACUCUAGCACUAACCCCUUACCUUCAUGGUAGGUUAGGAUUUUAACUAGUACUGCCUUGUUAACUUUGGGGAAAUGGUGACACUCUAAAGCAACUUCCUAGCCUUAGGAAUAACUCCUUUCUAGUUAACUUUCUGGUCCUGGUGCCUUGUUUUAGGAUGCAACUAGAUUCUUAGCUCGAACGUCCUCUUCUACAGAGUGAAUUAUAGUUAUCCAGUUGUUAAAAAAGAAACCCUUAUACACUCACUCGGGCCGUUACUUCCUGGGUGUCCAUCUACGGCUCUGAACUAGGGACAGUCCUUUGGGUGGAUUGUGUAAGUUGAGAGAACUUCAAGUUUCGAAGGUUAGAUUCGUAUCUUUAACCUGGCAGAGACGAAAAUGUCACAGCUGGCGUUGGAACAUAUCCCAAUUCAACCAAUUAAAUUCAGAGGACCAAGGGAGAUGUGUAGGGGGAGGUACUAAAAAAAACAAAAACAGAAAAACUACUUUUCAGAAUUAUUUGUGAAAACUUGUAAGAUGAGGAUCAGGAAGGAAAAGGGCUAUUUUGUGCGUUCAAGUGCCUAAAUCUCGUUUACCUAUCACUUUAAGAAAAAUAGUUUAAGUGUAAGCUGAAGAAAAUGCUUGGAGUUUUGCCUGGGCUAUUGUGAGUUGAUGCAAAUCCUCGUGUGUUUGCCUAGGAAGGUGUGAAGAUCAUCCACUAAAGAGGAAGUAGUUAAAAAAAUAGGGAUCUGUGGGCUUUUUAAAUUUUUUAGAAAUUCAAGUUUUUUUUUUUUUUUUAAUAUAUAAAACUCUACUUAAUUUUCUAAAGAAGCUAUUGGUUUCCAAAUUAAAUAGAUGAAGAGCAAGACACCCAUUAGACUAAAUUGGAAACAUUUUCAUCACUCUAUAUUUGUGUAUAUUAAUUUCUUAGCAGUGCCUAAGAUGUGUGGGGGUUCCUCUUUGUCAGUGGUCACUAACCUUCUUACUUGAUGCCAGUGAAAUCAUUUGUCAGGGCAAAAUGUGUUAGAACUUGAUGAAAUAAAAGCUUUGAAUUUGAGAAAUAAAACAUGUUUAAAAAAACA